UUCAGUAAGUGUAAAAAAUCACCUCUUUGAAAAAAAUUUGUGUCCACUAAGUAAUAUUUUCAUCGUUACAUUUCACCAUUACAAUCAAAUUCGCAUGGGAUGGUGGUUAAGGACUCUAGAUAUUUAUGGAUAUGAGUAUGUCGGUUCAAGUCUAUUUUAUGUAAUGUUAUCAAUGUGAGUUUAUUUUAUCUCUAAGUGAAAAUGUUAAUUCCGUUUAUAAUUUUUUACGUAAAUGAUUAAUUCAAUUAACUACAAGAUCAAGAAGAAAAUUUUUCGUUAACAUGAUAAUAAAACUUAUAUUUUUUUAACAUACUACUUUUUUUUUACAACUCAAUUGCCAUAUAGGGCUGUUUGACAUCUUUUUUGACAUUUGUUGCCAUCGCGGCAAUGCAGCAAUCGAUGGUAGAUUUCGUCUGCUUCGACACGAAUUGUGAUUUCACAUCAAGAGAAUGUAUAGCAAUUACAGAAUGUGUAAAUGUCGAAUUGUUGCAACAGAAAAAGCGGAACUAUCUAAUUAUUCAGUCUGCCGAAGGACAGGGAAAGAAGAGAGUUGUGGUUGGAGAGGAUGAACAUAAAUUUUAUCAACGAUAUCCAAAAAAACCUGUAUGUGUGUUCACUUCAUUUUGUAACAGGUAAUCUUAUUUAAAUUAUUACCACUAGUGACCAUAAGACAAUUUGAUACAUUUCUGUAGGAAAGCCAAGUGGUCAAUUCAACCACAAACAUGUUGAUUGGGCACCGUCUAUCAAUUUGGGAUUUAAAAAGCCAAAACUACAUUUAGGUAUUGCAUCAUUGUUCAUUGCCAUAUAUAAGAUAGAUUCAUUGUCCUUGUUUUCACGUCUUAAACUUAUUUAUAUUAUAGUUGGUGACCAAGUAGUUCAAGCAAAUUAAAACAGCGCUGAGCAUCCACCCAUUGCAUUGAUGGAUGUUUUAUUACCUGAAGAUACUGUGGGAAGUGACUGUAAUUCACCCAUAACGUUGAUUACUGUUUCUUCAUCUGCUGAAUCGCCAAUGGAAAUGCAUGAUGAACCCUCAAUUGACGCCGAACAAAAUAUCUCAGCAUGUCCUCUAUUAGAAACAUCACCUGUGUUAAACAAUUGCUGUGAACCCGUUACUGAUCCAGAGUUCGCUUCUAAUGAUUCAUCUGAAAUCAAUCCUGUAAAUCAAUUGAUAGAUUUAAUUGAGCAGCUUAACAUUUUAAAAGAAAAGUUAAGCGUUGUUGAAGACCAACUUGUGCAUGCUAAUAAUAGUAUUUUAGAACUCAAUUGUAAAUUAAGUACUUCAAACAAUAGAAUUGCGUUGCUAGAAAAAUCGUUAGAACAGCGACCAACAGUUGAGGAGACCAUUAAGAAUGUACCUAAUGCUGUAGGAUUUUAUACUGGUAUUGAUAGCUAUGAGAAACUAUGGAUGAUGUACAGUAUCCUGCACAAAAAGGUGAACACCGAUUUAUUUUGAAAAAGCCAUCUGUGGGUAGAAAAAAUUAAUAGUUUACCUUUUUAAGGAGACGUAGGGUGGUUUUGGCGCAAAAUCAUUAUAAGGGGGUUUGGGUAAUAUCAGUCCAGACAGCUAUUUUUUGCCCUAAGUAUUAAAUGUCUGGAAAAAGUGUAGACUGUUUAUCGGUAGACUCCCCUACCCCCCGGCUAAGUAGAACAAUUUUUGCAAUACAAAAUAG